AUGGGAUUCGUUAAGAUAACUAUCCAUCUCCUAGCGAUGAUGAUCGGCGUUUCGUUCGCCGUCGACAUGUCGAUCAUCUCAUACGACGAACAACACCACAUCUCCGCCGUCAACGGCCGGAGCGACGCCGAGGUUGCGAAAAUCUACGAGGCGUGGAUGGUAAAACACGGAAAGAAAACUCAGAACGGCCUUCUCGGGGGAGACAAUAGAUUCGAGAUCUUCAAAGACAAUCUUCGUUUCAUCGAUGAACACAACACCAAAAACCUCAGUUACAAACUCGGUUUAACCCGGUUCGCUGAUCUAACCAACGAUGAAUACCGAUCUAUCUAUCUCGGUGCCAAACCGAGCAAAAGAGUCCUCAAAACCAGCGAUCGGUAUCGGCCGCGUGUUGGUGACGCGCUUCCCGAUUCCGUUGACUGGAGAAAAGAAGGUGCCGUCGCCGAAGUUAAAGAUCAGGGAAGCUGCGGGAGUUGUUGGGCAUUUUCAACCAUCGGAGCUGUGGAAGGAAUAAACAAGAUUGUGACAGGAGAUUUAAUCUCUUUGUCUGAACAAGAGCUAGUUGAUUGUGAUACAUCCUAUAACCAAGGAUGUAAUGGAGGUUUGAUGGAUUAUGCGUUUGAGUUCAUCAUCAAAAACGGCGGUAUUGAUACCGAGGAAGAUUAUCCAUACAAAGCUGUUGAUGGCCGUUGUGAUCAGAACAGGAAAAACGCAAAAGUUGUCACUAUUGAUUCAUACGAAGAUGUGCCUGAGAACAGUGAGUCAGCUCUUAAGAAAGCUUUAGCUCAUCAGCCUAUUAGUGUCGCUAUUGAAGCUGGUGGACGUGCUUUCCAGCUCUAUUCUUCGGGUGUAUUUGACGGACUUUGUGGGACGGAGCUAGACCACGGAGUUGUAGCCGUGGGAUACGGAACCGAAGAUGGAAAAGACUAUUGGAUUGUUCGAAACUCAUGGGGAAAAAGCUGGGGAGAGAGUGGAUACUUAAGGAUGGCACGAAACAUCGCUGAGCCAACGGGAAAGUGUGGAAUCGCGAUUGAGGCUUCGUACCCGAUCAAGAAAGGUCAGAACCCACCGAACCCUGGCCCAUCGCCGCCGUCUCCGAUAAAGCCACCAACCAAGUGUGACAAAUACUACUCUUGCCCUGAGAGCAACACUUGUUGUUGUCUCUUUAAGUAUGGUAAGUACUGUUUCAGUUGGGGAUGUUGCCCUCUUGAAGCUGCUACUUGCUGUGAUGAUAACUCGAGCUGUUGUCCUCAUGAGUACCCGGUUUGUAAUGGUGGAAGCUGUUCAAUGAGCAAGAACAGUCCGUUCAGCGUUAAGGCUUUGAAGCGUACACCAGCGAAACCGUUCUGGGCACAGAGCAGGAAGAACAUUGCUUAA